AAAAUGGGAGAUGAACAAAUUCCUCAGUAUCUUGCUGAGUUUCUCUCACAGGGUGACUGGAUUGGUGUUCCUGGCGAGAUUGUUUGUAUACCGAACUCUGAUUUUGUAAUGGUUCAGCCAAGUCGACAUUUUCUCAACAAUCCGGAACUUUAUCAGUACAACCAGCUUACAAGGUCAUGGGAUGAAGUAAAUCCGAACUCACAGCGUAAUCCUCUUACAGUAGAAACCCUAAUGGUGGAUCGUGCUCUUCAAGAACGGCGCCUUGCGGCUUUACAGCAGAUCUACCCAAGCAAUACUCUUGCACAGCACAAUGGUACUGCACAGAAGAUAAAUCCAUCCAGUACUGUUGCACAGCGAAGUGCUUUUGUACAGGGAAUCAACCCAGCUGGUAAUCCUGUACAGCAAAGUGCUAUUGUACAACGGAACAACCAAUCCAUUACUCAUGUGCAGCGCAAUGCUGUACAGAUGAUCAACCCAAACAGUACUCUUCCUCCGAGCUUUAAUACUGUUCAGCAGAUUAAUCCGUCCAGUUGUCUUGAACAGCUGAGUUCUAUUGGACAGUGGAACAACCAAUCCAGUUCUCUUCCACUGCGGAGUAUUACUGUACAACAGCAGUUUGACCCUUCAGUAAUCUGUACUGUACAGAGCAAUCGCAUUCAGCAAUGUAGGUUUUCAACACCUCCUGUUUCCUCUAUUAUACAACAUUUCAAACCUUAUGUACAGCAGAACAUUUCUACCGUACAGCAGAACAUUCCUACCGUACAACAGAACUUUUCUACUGUACAACCGUCUAUCAGCAAUGUACAAGAGUUCAGGUCUGACAGAGAGCUGGCUGAUAACCUCUGCUCUUCGGGAAAUUAUCCAGAAUCUUUGGAGACUAAUAAGGAAACUCUUCAUACUGAUGAUGAUGAUGGUGAUAGUUUAGAAAGUCAGAUGGAUAAAAGAACAGAGGAAGCAAGGAAGGAAGCAGGAGGAUCCAAAACGGAUACAGAACAGGAAUUGCAUGAGCAGAUGAAGCAUCAAGUACAAAGAGGGACUUCUCAUCCAGAAGAAAUAAUCAGAAAAACCAUCAUGAAAGUCAGAGCUGAAAGAGAAGUAGAGGAAACUACAUCCAAAGAUGUGAUGGAGAAGAUAAGAUCUGAACGAAGAAGCAAAGAAGAAGAUAGUUCUGUAGAUUCAUCAAAGAAAACAAGAUCUGACGCCAGCAAAGAAGAGGAUAAUAGUUCUGAUGAUCCAAUGGAGGGGAACAUAUUUAAUACUAUUAGCGAAGAAGCUGAAACUAGGUUGGAAGAUCCAAUGAAGAACACAAGAUCUACAGAAAGAAAAGAAGAAGAAAAUAAGUCAGAAGAUUUAAUAGAGAAGACGAGAUCUGAAAAAAGAGAAGAAGAAGAAAAUACUUCAGAAGAUUCAAUAGAGAUUUUGAGACCCUCAAGCAGAGGAGAAAAAGAGAAAAAUAUGUCUGAAGAUUCAAUGGAGAAGAUGAGACCCUCAAUCAGAGGAGAAAAAGAGAAAAAUAGGUCCAAAGAUUCAAUGGAAAAGAUAAGAUCUACAAAGAGAAAAGAAGAUGAAGAGAAUUCUUCCGAUGAUUCGAUGCAGAAGAUAAGACCAAUAAUGAAAUCUGAAAAUAGAAGAAAAAAAGAAAGAAAUGUAAAUCUGUUGCCUUCAACCAGAGCUGUGGUUAUUCUAGAGAAGCUGUCAAGUGUAACUAUUGAAAAACUAAACCCUGAAGACAUAAUUAAAGAAACUAUUAGAAAAAUUACCAGUGGAAGAAGCAAUGAACCUGGAAAAGAUGCAACAAACCUAGAAUCUAAAUAUUUUGCAUCAAAUCUAGAAUCUGAAAAUGAUAAAUCAAACCUAGAACAUGAAAAUGAUACAUCAAAUCUAGAACCUGAAAAAGAGAAAUCUAACCUAAAACCUGAAAAAGAGACAUCAUCCCUCGAAUAUGAAAAUGAGUUAUCAGACCUAGAACAUGAAAAUAAUGCAUCAGCCAAUGAUCCUCAAGAGAGAUCAACCCAAGAAACUGAAAAUGAGAAUGAUAUUUCAACCCUAGAAUCUGAAAAAUUUCAAUCAACCUAUGAAUCUAAAAGACCGAAUUCAUCCCUUGAACCUGAAAUUGAUUUAUCAAACCUAGAACAUGGAAAUGAAGCAUCUAACAUUGAACCUCAAGAAAAAUCAAACUUAAAAACUGAAAGUGAGAAAUCAAACCUUGAACCUGAAAAGAUUAAAUCGCCCCAAGAACCUGUCCAGGAUAUAUCCCACCAAGAACCCAAACCAAAGCUGAAGAAACUGAGAACCAGAAAGAUGAUGAACAAGAAAUGUAGAAAUAGAAAGUAUUCCCAGAAUCAAGAAUCAAGACGUGCCAGGGACAAUAAUUCAGAUUCCAGUAGUGUUGAGUCCAACCUAGAAUCAAGUAUGGAAAACGAUUUGCCUAACUGUACCGACAGUUCUGAAUCCAGCUUUGAGGAAAGGAGACAUUGUGACCUGCGAAGCAGGAAACGUAACUUUAGAGGAAAGAGCGUUUCAAUCUUGGCAGGAAGAUCUUCUAAUUCUCCCGCUUUUAGUAUAUCCGGAGGAAUGAUAAACUCCUUCCCCUACCGUAAAAACUUAUCAGUUAUUAGAACUAGAAGUGUCACUCCAACGCAACCCAAGAGUCCUGGCACCUCUAGAAGUUUAGGUCAGUUGAACACAUUCUUUACCAACAAUUCGAUGAAUAAAUCCGGAAGCAGUGGAGCUGGAAUAUCUCCUCUAGACUUGAGAAGAAAAUCAUUCUAUUCCAAUGGAUUCUCAUCAGGCACCUCACAAACUGACAGAAGUUCUUUUGAGCAAACUGUCUCUCAGAUGAUAUGCACUUUGCAGCCAAUUGACCCUACAUCACAGACAAGCAGCAACGUAUCCCAAUCUCCAGUAGCUUCAGGAGCUCCAAUUAUUCCCCGCCUUCUAAGGUCGGAUGUAAGUAUUGAUAAAGUUCCCAAGUCAGAAGAUGAUUCUCCACUUCUGCGUGAACUAUUGUCUAGACCCAUUGAAGAGGACAUGCUGAGUCUGUUUGGAACAAGGAACUGGUCAGGAUUGGCUUUAAGGCAUACCUCAGAAUCUGGAUCAGCAGAAGGCCAUAGUUCUAGAUUUAUUAAUAGAUUCCAAACUGCUCCUCACGACAGUAUAAAGACAGCUGAAAUAAUGACCAGGGAGCUGUUGCCCAAUAGUUGCCCAAAUCCUAGUAGCUCCAGAGAAUCCAGAGUGAUCAGAGAGGGGGUUAACUGGCCGUCCUCCUACAGUCGUCCAUUAUGUUCUAGCUCGUCGGGUCGUAGUACAUUUUACCAAGGAGCUCUUGGUCCUUCAACAGUACCAUCAGCUUAUUCUGAAUAUUUAAGGAAUCUUUCCAGAGAAACUACUCUAACAGCUCAACGAUCAGGAGUUGAAAACCUUAACAAUGCUACUCAACAUGUUAGUGCCUCCAAUAAUCAGCUUAACAUUAGACCCAAUCAAUAUACAGCUCAUGAACUUCAAUAUCCCAGAACUGUUACCGGACAUCCCAAUACUAAACCUCAAUAUCUAAGAAUUUCUACAGGACAUCCCAAUGCUGAAUCUCAAUAUCCCAGACCUGCUACCAGACAUCCCAAUGUUGAACCUCAAUAUUCAAGAAUUUCUACAGGACAUCCCAAUACUGAAUCUCAAUAUCCCAGACCUGCUACCGGACAUCCCAACACUGAACCUCAAUAUCCAAGAACUGCUACUGGGCAUCCCAAUACUGAACCUCAAUAUCCAAGAACUGCUACUGGGCAUCCCAAUAUUGAACCUCAAUAUCCAAGAAUUGCUGCAAGAUAUUCAAACACUGGACCUCAAUAUCCAUCAUCAACUGCAGGAUAUUCGAAUUCUCAAUACCAAUCAACAGCUGUGGGAUAUCCAUAUUCUGGACCUCUAUAUUCAACAGCAACUGCAAUAUAUCCAAACAACAGACCUCAAUAUCCAGAAGUAGCUGCAGGAACUGGAUAUCCUUAUGCUGGACCUCAAUUUUCAAGAAUGGUGGGAUAUCCUAAUACUAGACCUCAAUAUCCAGCAACAACCACAGGAAAUCAACGCACUGGAUCUCAAUAUCCAACAACAACUGCGUGUUUUCAAAAUCUUUGUGGUCUACGCCACCAAAUCACUGGGCCUCACACCAGACUCAUCCAAUCAGAUACCAUUAGUACCGGAGGUCAAAGAGCUUCCUGUUCUAACCAUUCCUUUAGGCCAUCAGAAAAUAAAUUUCCCGCUCCGCAAUAUCCACCUGUAGCUUCUCAAGGUGGAUCUGGAGAAUCCCAACGCAGUUCUACUGGAAGCCCUGCCAGUGAUGAUCAAUUGCCAAGUAGUAGUACUCCAUGUGGAAAGACCUAUUCAGGAUCUAGCGGAAGUUACUCUUCGCCAGAGUGAUGCAGAUCUUCGGAACCAUAAUUCCUCAAUCUUCUGUUCUUUCAUUUUUCAACGGAAUUGUAUUGAUCCUUCAUUUUAGAAAACCUUAAAAAAUUCACAAUUGUUCCUCCACUUACGCGUGAAUUACAAAUGGCAAUUGAAAAUAUGCUCACUAUCUUUUUUUUAACAUGUAUAAGAUUUUUUUAUAAAUGCUGCUUAAAAUUAUCUACUUUAAUUUUAGAAAUACCUUGAGUCCAAUUUUAACUUUAAAUAUUUAGAAAUGUGUAAAAUUUAACUUCUGUAGUCAAUGCAAUUGAGACGAUACAUUUGUUGCAAGCAUAGUUUAGCGCUAAAUAUUUUUUUUAGGCAGACAUUUCGCAUGACGCCUCAAUUUUAGAUGAAAAGUAAUAGAGGCUCUGGGCCAAAUUUCAGAAUCUAUAUAUAUACUACGCUUUUCUGUGUAUCCAGUAUACAGCUAAACUCAUUAUGCCCACCUUUUUUUGUGGCAACUCGCAUGACCCCAGGGACGGUCAAAAAUAAAAAAAUUUCCAGAAAGAA